UAGCUAAAGAGUACUAGCUACUUGGUAAAGUUUCCAAUUGAAAUAGCAAUAAACUAAUCCAAAUUAAAAACCAAACAUUCACUUCCUCUCUCUCUUUCUCUCAAUAAUAAAUUCAACUACUAUAGUAGUUUAAGCUAUAUAGCCUAUAUAGAUAUGGAUAUGAUCUUAUUUCAACCCAAAAAUUCUAUAGGAGCUACUAUUUCUAAUUCCCUAAACACAAGAAAUGAGAGUUUCAAUAUCAUAAGCAAAUUCCCCACUAUUAAAAGUGCUCAAACAUUAUGGAAUAAUAAUGAUGAGAAUAAGCAUUGUAGGCCUACUUUUCUUCCAUUGUGGUCAUUGAAAUUAAAAAGAAAAGAAUGGGCAGUGAAAAACAUCGGCGGAGGUGGAUGGCGAAUUCAGGGCAUCGACGACGGUUCAUGUGGCAUCGCGCCUUACAUGGCGCCAUCCCCUAUUGAUGUGGUUGAAGAUUUUCACAAGUAUGUCAACGAGAGAAACUUGGACAAGUUGGACCAACUUCUCACAAAUAAUUGUCACUAUGAGGAUCUCCUUUUCUAUGUUCCCUUCUUAGGAAAAGAGGGUGUGAAAAGGUUUUUUGAUAGUGUGAUAGAUGCAAUGGGUCCAAAUGGUACUAUUGUGAUUGACAAAAUCACAGAAGGCCAGGGAUUGACUGCAAGUGUAUUUUGUCAUCUAGAGUGGAAAAAGAAAGAGAUACCCUUCACUAGUAGCUGCAGAUUAUUUGAAUGUGUAGAGGUUGAAGGAAAGCUUCUCAUUAGGAAAAUAACUGGUUUGGAAGAAUUGCCACUAAAACCUGGCGAGUUAGUCCUGAAACUAUUAAAGGCAGUCACCACAUUUUUCGAUCUUUACCCAUUCGCAGCGGAAGGUAUACUACAGAAGACUAAUGAGGCUCACGGCACGCAUGGAGGUAUUGAUAAGCUUUUGGAUUUCCUUCGGAAGAAAUAACCAUCAACUUAAUUAAAAUAUAUAUAAUAUAAUAAUUGAUAAGAAAAAAAAUUCUAAUAAAGUUUUUUCAUUUCUAUAUAGUUAUUCAUGCAUAGUACUUAUUAUAUAUUGUACUCACACUACAUUGAUAUUUUGUAUUCUUUUGUUAUAUUUGCUACA